UCCGUCUUCAUCCGGAACAUUCCACCAGAGUGAGACGUUCUUCAUCUGCGGGAUCAGGUCCUUGUGGUGUUCUGAGAUCAUGUGGAGCGCCGUGUUCUGUUUCUCAAUCAUCUCAGCGGUCUCUGCAGCACCGCUCUACAGUUUCCUGCAGCAUUAUGGAAACCCGAUGCAAUCAGGACCGUCCAAUCAGGCUGCGAACGACAUGUUCUCGCCAUUGCAUCCCCACACUGGAAUGACCACGCCCAUCAGUAUGGAGAUUCUUCUUCCACCAAGAUUCCCAGGAUCUGCAGGAGGACAAGGAUCUGGACCUGGGAACAGCAUGUUUCCUGGUUUGCCAUCACAUCUUCAGCCUGGAGUGAACACUCCCAUCAGCAUAGAGCUGUUUCAUCCGGGUUUCCAGGGAACUGCGGCGGGAGGACAAGGAUCCAGAACUGGUUUAAUCAAGUACUCGAUCCCCAAGGCUCCGGGUAGAAAGAGUAUAGAAAUUUAUUAUCCCUACAACUUCGCACAGGGCGAGGUGCUGCCAAACAUUUUGCCACAGAUCCCCAGUAUUUUCCCCUUCAAUUAUCUGCCACAGACCCCCCCUCAGCAGCAGCCACCCAGACAGGCCGCUCCUUCACAGGGCAACGAUCAGCCCUUCGUCUUCAGCUAUCCACCACAAAGCGGCCCCCAGCAGCAGACACCCAGGGCUGCUCCACAGGCUAAUGAUCCUCAACAGCAGAUUCAACAGGACCCGCAAGUCCCAGCAGGCCAGCCAUAAAAAGGAAGUGUUCCUGGUCUCGUUCUGAGGUUCUGAAGGAGAGAGAUGUUCCUACGGCACAAGCAGAGCUUGGAGAUAUUUUGUUUUAGUAUUUAGUCGUAAUGGAUGAAGCUCGAAUAUAAUAUCUGUUUGUUUUUGUAGAGAAACCCAUUUUUAAAAAUUGGCCAGAUCUAAAACUGACCAUCAGAUACUGCAGACAAAAACAUACAUCUACUGUCAUACCGCGCCAUAUAUUUCCUUCUUCAACUGACAGAUUUACGCUGUCAUUUCUCUCUGAUGUUGCUGGCUGUGUGUGAAUAGUGUUUGAGUGCUUCAAAUAAAUGAAAAAUAUUGCUUUCA